AUGAUUUUAAUUGAAAAUUUCAAAUUAUGUUUAACUUUGUCAAUAAUCGGACAAUUAUCUGGUCUUUCGUUUAAUCAACCAAAGUUUUGUCCAGCAGCAACUUGGAAUUCAUUAGGAACUAUUUUUGCUGCAUACGAUAUAAUUCAUGGGUCACCAUAUUCUAUAUUUAUUACAACUAAUAAUUCAAUUUAUGUUGUUGCUCAUGCAAUACCCAACAUUUAUAUUUGGUUGAAUAGUUCUGUUAAUCUAACCAUGACAAUAACAGUACCCGGCCUACCUCUGCAAUCAAUAUUUGUUAAAAAUGAUAAUGAACUUUAUGUUGAACGAGGAUUUUUGCCUACACGUAAUAUCGAGAAAUGGAUAUUAAAUACAAAUCGUAGUACUGUUGUCAUGAAUAACAUUACACCAUAUCCAUGCUAUAGUAUUUUCAUUGAUAUCAUUAACAACUUAUACUGUUCACUCGAUCAACGCCAUACAGUUGUGAAAAAUUGGUUGGAUGAUGACGAUACAACACCAAUGAUUGUAGUUGGAAAUGGGUUUCCUGGUUCGACUUCGAAUACCUUGAUUCAGCCAAGUGGACUUUUUGUUGAUGCUAGUCUUAAUUUGUACGUGGCUGAUUUUGGAAAUCACCGGAUUCAAAUGUUUCCACCAGGAGAAUCACAUGCUAUUACUGUUGCAGGUGCAACAUCAUUAAAUAUUACAACUAGUCUUAACUAUCCAACUGGUGUGACAAUGGAUGGUGAUGGUUAUUUGUAUAUUGUUGAUUCUAAUAAGAAUCGCAUUGUUCGAGAAGGAUUAAAUGGUUUUCAAUGUAUAAUUGGAUGUGUUGCUUCUGGUUUAGCAGCGAAUCAAUUAUCGGGGCCACGUGAUAUGGCUUUUGAUAGUAAUGGUAAUAUCUAUGUUGCUGAUUCGCGUAAUAGACGGAUUCAAAAAUUUUCCUAUUCGAAAACUUCAUGUGAUCCAAUUACGAAUGUUUCUUUAAUAACAUCGUCACGAAGUCCUUCGUUUAAUCAACCAAAGUUUUGUCCAGUAGCAGCUUGGAAUCCGUUCGGAAGUACUUUUUCAGCACUUAAUAUAAUUCGUGGGCCGCCACAUUCUAUAUUUAUUACAACCAAUAAUUCAAUUUAUGUUGUUGUUCAAGCAAUAUCUCACAUUUAUAUUUGGUUGAAUAAUUCUGUUAAUCCGACCAUAACAAUAACAGAGUUCUCCUCAUCUCCGAAAUCAAUAUUUGUUCAAAAUGAUAAUGAACUUUAUAUUGAACGGGGAACUUCGCUCAAACGUACCAUCGAAAAACGGAUACUAAAUACAAAUAGUAGUACUCCUGUCAUGGAUAUCGCUGCACCAUGCUAUAGUAUUUUCAUUGACAUCCUUAACUACUUAUACUGUUCACUCGAUCAACGCCAUACAGUUGUGAAAAAUUGGUUGGAUGACGACGAUACAACACCGAUGAUUGUAGCUGGAACUGGAAUUCCUGGUCCGACUCCGAAUACCUUGAUUCAGCCAAGUGGACUUUUUGUUGAUGCUAGUCUUAAUUUGUACGUGGCAGAUUUUGGAAAUCACCGGAUUCAAAAAUUUCGAUCAGGAGAAUCACAUGGAAUUACUGUUGCAGGUGCAACAUCAUUAAAUAUUACAACUAGUCUUAACUAUCCAACUGGUAUUACAAUGGAUGGUGAUGGUUAUUUAUAUAUUGUUGACCAAGGUAAUCAUCGCAUUGUUCGAAAAGAAUUAAAUGGUUUUCGAUGUAUACUUGGAUGUACUACUUUUGGUUCAGCAGCGAAUGAAUUAUCGUUACCACGUGAUAUGGCUUUUGAUAGUUAUGGAAAUAUUUAUGUUGCUGAUGCGAAUAAUCUACAAAUUCAAAAAUUUUCUUAUGCAAAAGUUUCAUGUAAUCCAAUUACAAAUGUUUCUUUACUAACAUCAUCACGAAGUCCUUGGUUUAAUCAACCAAAGUUUUGUCCAGCAGCAACUUGGAAUUCAUUCGGGGCUAUUUUUUCAGCAAAGAAUAUAAUUAGUGGGACGCCAGAUUCUAUAUUUAUUACAACCAAUAAUUCCAUUUAUGUUGUUGCUCAAGGAACACCUAACAUUUAUAUUUGGUUGAAUAAUUCUGUUAAUCUAACCAUGGCAAUAACAGUACCCGGCCUACCUCUGCAAUCAAUAUUUGUUCAAAAUGAUAAUGAACUUUAUAUUGAACGAGGGACUUCGAACAAACGUACCAUCGAAAAAUGGAUACUAAAUACAAAUAGUAGUACUCCUGUCAUGGAUAUCGCUGCACCAUGCUAUAGUAUUUUCAUUGACAUCCUUAACUACUUAUACUGUUCACUCAAUCAAUACCAUAUAAUUAUGAAAAAUUGGUUGGAUGACGACGAUACAACACCGAUGAUUGUUGCUGGAACUGGAUUAUCCGGUUCGACUUCCAAUACUUUGAAUUCGCCAUACGGAGUUUUUGUUGAUGCUAGUCUUAAUUUGUAUGUGGCUGAUUAUGGAAAUCACCGCAUUCAAAUGUUUCCACCAGGAGAAUCACAGGGAAUUACAGUUGCAGGUGAACAAUCAAUAAAUACUACCAUUACUCUUAAAAACCCAACUGGUGUGACAAUGGAUGGUGAUGGUUAUUUAUAUAUUGUUGACCAAGGUAAUCAUCGCAUUGUUCGAGGAGGAUCAACUGGCUUUCGAUGUAUACUUGGAUGUAUUACUUCUGGUUCGGAAUCCUAUAAAUUGAAGAGACCACGUGGCAUGGCUUUUGACAGUUAUGGAAAUAUUUAUGUUGCUGAUUGGGGUAAUCAACGAAUUCAAAAAUUUUCUUAUCCAAAACUUUCUUGUAAACCAAGGACAACAAUAACACGUACAACAAAUACACCCGUGGUAUCACAUUCAACAAAGGCUUUGGCUGGAUAUUUAAUUCAAUGCUUGAUGUUUUUUAUGCUUUAUAUUUAA